AUGAGAAUUGGCUGGAUUCAUAAGAUUGUAAACAAAUGGCCUGGAAAGAAAACCUUCGGUAUUUAUAGAUUUCUGCCAAUAUUUUUUGUAUUGGGAGCUGCUCUGGAGUUUUCGAUGAUAAAUUGGCGAGUCGGUGAAGUGAAUUUUUAUAAUACAUUCAAGAAACGUCAAGCUCACGACAUAGUUGAAGAGAAGAUUAGAAAAUAUUCAGCAGUAUAA